GGUCAGUACGAAACGCUCCGCCGAAGAGUGAGAACGUGUAACGCGUCGGGCUACAUGGAGACUACAUUGUGAAUAUUUUCCAGUGCUCGUUUCUUUGAAAGUUUCUUAUAGUUUGGUAUUAGUGCAAGAGGUUUGUGAUAGUGGUGAUGUUAUUGUGAUAUCAAAAGGCGAGAAAACUUCUUUGUAUGACAUUUUUAAGAAAAUUUUUGUUCAUGAAUAUCAGUGUCCCAUGCAGACAGUCAGGCCUAUAUUUUUUUCGGGGCAACAUGGGUGCUCCAGAGGACGAUAACAGUUGUAAAUUGACCAAAUUUAAAAAGAUGUCGUCAACGCCUGAGCUGGAUAGAUACGAGGAUGAGGAUGAUAGUGUUGAUGGUGAAGUGACGGGCGGGACUCCUGAGGAUGCUAUAGUGACCGAUGUGCAAAGUCCGACCACGGCCUCGCCCGCUAUGGAUGACGCUGUGAGUGCUGGACCGUGUGCCUUACCUGGACUAAGUGAUGCGACCGUUUCUCCUGCUGGCGAUCCGAUUUCAGCGGAAGCGCCAGCGAUGGAGGUGGCCAAGGGCGUGACGGUCGAGAGGAGAUCCUAUUCUGACGUGUUGAAGAACAUUGUGCCGAACACCGCCCCCGAUCUUAUUUCUCCUGUCGCAGUGAAGGACACUGAUAACAGAGUGGCUGGCGAGGGAGAAGACUCGAGUGAGAGAGAUGCUUCCACAGGCCCCGGUGUCGUGCCCAGUGCCGUACCCAGUGCUGUGGCUGAAGUGACCGAAAGUGUGACAGACAGUCCUUGUGACGAGCGGGGACACGCCGCGAGUGACAGUGCCAAUCUAGAGUGCCACGAUUGCAAAGACAGUCCAGUAGAGUCGGAAGUCUGCCAGAGCACGCCAAACCCUGACGAAAGCAACGAUACUAUUUGUGCAAAUACCUCCGAGAAAGACCUUGCCGCGCUGGCGGAGAACAUGAACGAGUGUCAGAGCUCGGACGACAUGGACUCCCUCGGCCUCAGUGACAUCGAGGACAACAGGAGCUCUUCCACCCACUCCUCCACCCCCACGCCCUCAUCUAACAGCGCGUCUGCCUCAAACACGCCCAAAUCUAACACUCCGACGCCCACGUCCGCGCCCUUGGAUCUAUCGGACAUCCUACGUGUUAGCGAGGAUAUACUCUCUCAGACUCCCGGCAUGACUCUCGACCUUCUCCAGCGGCACCUGGAGAAGGGCGGGUCCCUACUGCAGGAGGCGGCAGCGCCCUCGGCCGAGACGGAGCCCAGCGUCAGGGAGCUGGCAAGGGCGCUCCACCUCCACCUGACACAGUUCACCGAGCGCCUCCACCACACCCGCGACCGCCUCGAGGACACUGCGAGAUGCUACCACCUCCUGGACAAGUCGUAUGAAUGGGCCCUGGAAGCCAUGAAGGUUGUAGGGCGAGUGAAGGGCGAAGGCCUGGCGUCCCCCGAGCAAGUGGGGUCGGCCGCUCGUGCCCUCUCAGCCUACCUGGAGGAGCACCCGCCUAUUGCUGAUGACACCUUUACGGCCAUGAACAUGCUAGCAACAAGACUCAACAAUCAUACCCUUCUGCAACAAUGCAAGAUGGCACAGAUGCGAUGUCAAGAAACUUCGGAACUUCUACGUAAUCGUCAAGCAAUUCUUCAGAAAGCAAAACGGCAAAUGGAAUUCGACUGUCAGAGCUUUGUUGACCUCGGUGAAAUAUUAGGAGGAGGUGAAGACAUGUCUCCCUUGGCUUGGCUGGCCUCCUCGCCCCUCAAUGCAUCGGGUCGCAGAAGAUCAGUCUCGUCCGUUGGUUCGCGGCCAAGAGAAUCAUUAUCACGAUGUCCGUCGCUGGACACAGAUGAUGACUCCGUGUUCUUGGAUCCCCCGCCGCCCCCACCGCCUGCCAAAACGCCCCUAGAAGCCCGCACAAGCUUGGGUGGCAUCAAAGAAGUCCGGGAAAGUGCCGAGGACCUUCAGCAGAGCUCUACACUCCCUACGUCCACAUCACAAAAAUUAACUACUUCUACAUCUGGAGUAACAACUUCUUCAUCGGGUUCUAGUGGUACAAGUGGCAGCAGUUCCUGUUCGUCCAGCGAGAGUUCAGGACCCGUCAGCAUUAACAAGAAGUUCAUGAAAAGAGCCAACACGUGGCAGUUCGGUCUUGUUCCUAAAGAGCAUGCAGAUGAAAACACAAGCCUUGAUGAUGGAGGGCUUCUAUCCCCAUCAAGUCACAAGACUUUACCUCCGUCUUCAUCUGUCAAUUCCCACUUGCUAAUUCGUGGUUCACAGUUAAACCUUUCAAUCAACACUGAAGAUCUGACACAAGCAGAAGUGAAGAAAAACAAAACCCUAUUGCUGAUUAUGAGGGAACUUAUCCAGACCGAGAGAGAUUAUGUUAAUGCACUUGAGUACAUAAUAGAGAAUUAUAUCCCAGAACUGAUGAGAGAAGACAUUCCGCAAGCACUUAGGGGACAACGCAAUGUCAUAUUUGGGAAUAUAGAGAAGAUCUACGAGUUCCAUUCCGGAUAUUUCCUCCGUGCUUUAGAGGCUUGUGAGAUGCGGCCUUUUUCAGUUGGCUCCAUAUUCUUAAGAUAUGAGAGUCAGUUCUAUCUCUAUGCCCUGUACAACAAAAACAAACCCAAGUCGGAUGCCCUGAUGUCAGAGUACGGUUCAUCAUUCUUCCGAGCAAUGCAGCUUGAGUUGAAAGAUCGGAUGGAUCUUGCAUCUUAUCUUCUGAAGCCUGUUCAGAGAAUGGGCAAAUAUGCUCUGAUCCUUAAACAGCUGCUGAAAGAGUGUGCUCGAGGUGAUGAGCAUUAUGAAGACCUCCAAUCUGCACAGGAAAUGGUUCAAUUUCAGCUGCGUCAUGGCAAUGACCUUCUUGCAAUGGAUUCCCUAAGAGACUGUGAUGUGAACCUUAAGGAACAGGGUAGACUUUUAAGACAGGGUGAAUUCAUGGUAUGGGAAGGAAGCAGAGCAAAGAAAUCGAUCAGGCAUGUCUUUUUAUUUGAAGAUUUGAUACUCUUCAGCAAAGCUAGAAGAGACCCAGAAAAGAAGACACUUGACAUUUUCCAAUACAAGUACAGUAUGAAAAUGACAGACAUUGGCCUAACAGAGCAAGUUGGAGACAGCACAACAAAAUUUGAGAUUUGGUUCCGGAAAAGGAAACCAUCUGAUACUUAUCUUCUGCAAGCACACAAUGCUGAAAUGAAGGAAGCUUGGACUGAAGAGAUUUCAAAGCUGUUAUGGCGGCAAGCUCUGCGAAAUAGAACCAUGAGGCUCCAUGAAAUGUCAUCCAUGGGAAUAGGAAACAAGCCUUGUUUGGAUAUCCGCCCCAGUGAAGACCAAAUUAGUGACAGGUCAAUUAGUAUCAACCAGCUGAAUAAAGCACCUCGUCUUCGCUCUGGGUCCAUAUCAACAAUUGGUGAAUUGAAUGGAGUUGGAAAGAGACCUCAUUCAAUAAUUUCUGUAAGCCACUCAUCAACAGUCUGUCCCACACAUGUUGGUACCCUUAACUUGGGGUUUGAACCUGGAGAUUCACCAAGAGCCUUGCAUCGCUCUGUGACACGGACAAGUCAGUGCUCUGCAGAGAGUGGGAUCCUUGCUGACAUGUACUCAGGAGGAGAUGAAGACACUCAAUCACAUCGACGUGUGGAAAGGUCAAAUUCAACAGUGACUACCAUAUCUGUUGAUUCUGCUCUCUCUCCAGUCCCUUCUACAUCACCUGUCUCACCGGCUGCACCCAUAUCACCUUCCCUUACAACUGUCCUUCCCUUCACUGGAACUUCUGAUGUGAUUUAU